GUUUAAAGCAACACACUGUCUUUACUGGUCUACAAACUUUAUACUCAAAUUACUAUAAAGCAGAUAAUAGCGUUCGCUGACUAAAACCUUGAUUGUCAGUAGAUAGAAAUUUUAGAAUAGCAUGUGAUGUAUACAUAAUUCUGGUAAAAAAGGACUUUUUCUUUAUAAAUAAUGCUUUUAUUGGAUCUAAUAUCAAUUAGAUUAGGUUUCAUUGGAUUAAUAUUGUAUCAGAUUUAUUCGGUAUACGGGCAGUGCGUUGAUAAUCAUCUCAGCUUAGCGGAUGAAGCAGAUAAUGUUAUUUUAAAUGAGUAUUUAGUAAAAUUAGAAUGGUACUCGGGCCUGUCAAAAUACAAGCCAGUUAUACCUGUAAGAUGUCCCAAAUCACAGUGUGAGAUAAACUCUCAGGGUUCUGCUGUAUGGGAAACUAGAUUGAAUUUCUACUCGCGAUUUACCAAAAAUUCUUCGUUGCAACCCGACGAGAAAACAUUAGAUGGAUGCCUUUGUCAUAGCCGAAAUAACAACUCAUUUCAAAAUUGUAUGGUGGAAGUUAGGAGUAUAAUGUCCGCAGAAUUAGAUAAGUCCUUUGUACUCGAUUUAACGAGAAUUAUAGAAAGAAACCAUUGCAAAAAUUAUGGAGAAAAUUGCAUUAAUAACUAGAGCUGCUGUUUCUAAAGUUUUACUAAGUGAGAAAUUGUUCAGAGGAAUAUCUGCAUAUAUCUCAGUUGAAAUAAAUUACAGAAAUAUAACCGAAAAAUUUCAAAUAACUGAAAAAUUAAGUAAAAGAAUGGAUAAGCAGAAACAUUUAAUAAUCUGUUCUUUUAUUUAUUUUUGUGCAAAAAAUCUGGAUGUCUGUGUAAUUUUUGAAAUAUUAUUUUUGUAGAUUAAAUACCUGAAUGUGAAAUAAAAUAUGAAAAAUCA